GCCUUUGUCUUGCUAAACACGACCGUCAGGAACAAAAUUUUACAGUAUUUCUCCCGUUUUUAUCGUGCCUUUACCUACUGCUCUGAUCCAUGUAGACAUGUGAAAAGAUAUGUGGCUACUGUGACCAGAAAAUGAGUAUAUAAAGUUGUCAAUUUCCACGUAUCUUUGAACUAUUUUCCUAGACAGAAACAAAAACACCACGAGCGCAACACGUUUCAUUCUUCAGUUUGAGAAUCAAAGAGACCUCUGGUCCAAAUUGCUUUCCUUUACUUCCAAUCGACCAUCGCCGACCCCUCGAACAACGAUCUAUUGCAUAGUGUGACCAUGGACAUCAUACCAAGGAGUCUGUUGAUCACCAUUCGUCUAGGUCAAUUUGCUUUUAGUGCAAUUGUGGCUGGUAUGAUUGGAUAUUUUAUCAGCUUGUUUGACUUAAACGACGCCGGGUUCUUGCUAGGACGCUGGAUUUAUGUUGAAAUCCUGGCUGGCCUUUCAGUCAUACUUGGACUGAUAUUUCUACUACCAGCGUUCCUUUUGUUUUUCAUCUGGCCAAUCGAUGUUGUGAUUGCUCUGGCAUGGUUCGCAGCUUUCGGACUUCUCUUCGAUGCCCUUGAUGGACUCGUCUGUGGUGGUGUUGAUGGGUUGGGCCCCGUAAACGAUGGAGGAAAUUGCACCGUUUGGGAAACCGCUGAGGCUUUCAGCUUUUUGUCGGCGUUCACCUGGCUAAUCACUGGCUUCCUAGGCCUUUAUUUAGUCUGGCGUGCAGAUGAGCAUGGAAAGCGUCAGUGGCAUCAAACUUACAAAGUCUAACCCGACAUUCCAAGCUUCUAUCAGCUGUACUUCAGCUAGUCGCUUUUCUUGUUUUCUUUGAUACGGGAUCUGAUUCAUCUUCGAGAGGAUAGACCAAUCGCCUAUAUUUUUUUUCUGGUCAUUCGAAGGAAGCUCGUUUUUCUUUAUCAUCUCUCAGCUGGUGUUGUGGGUUUUUAUGAGAUAGAAGGGGAUUUGGAGUUCAUUUUUAUCUAGAAGGCUGUACGAUGGAUAGACGAUAUAGAUGGGCGAAUCGAGAGAUCUGCAUGUCAACUGGUCACAGGAAAAUCAUUGGACGAGGUUUUACGUCCUUGAUGAUUGACUCUUGAAAUCACUUAUUCCCGACGGUUCGACCUAUAUGUUCCAGUCUCAAUCGUAAGAGGUCUCAUACAUUA